CCCAUACUUCUUCACCUCACUUCCUCGCCCAACACAACUUCCCUAACCAAAGAUCUCCAGCUGAACCGCCAUCAUGUCCGAGCGAAAGGUCCUCACCAAAUACUACCCCCCGGACUUCGAUCCCAGUGCUAUCACACGCACACCGAAACACCUAAGACAACAAGGACCAAAAGUAAUCACCGUUCGUCUCAUGGCACCUUUCUCCAUGAAGUGUACGAAAUGCGGCGAAUUCAUCUACAAAGGCCGAAAAUUCAACGCCCGAAAAGAAACCACCGCCGAGAAAUACUUCUCCAUCCCCAUCUACCGCUUCUACAUCCGAUGCACGCGCUGCAGCGGAGAAAUUACCUUCCUGACAGAUCCCAAGAACAUGGAUUAUCGGGCUGAAAAGGGGGCGAAACGAAACUUCGAGCCAUGGAGGGAUAGUUCGAAGAAUGAUAAUGCGGAUGAGACGGAGCAGGAGAUAUUGGAUCGGUUGGAGCGGGAGGAGGGCGAGGAGGCGGAGCAGAUGGAGAGGGAUAAGAUGGCGGAGUUGGAGGAGAAGAUGUUGGAUUCGAAGAGGGAGAUGGCGAUUGCGGAUGCGUUGGAUGAGAUUCGGACGAGGAAUGCGAGGGGGGCGCUGGUGGGGGUGAGGGAGGAGAGGGAUGAGGAGGCGGAGAGGGUCGAGAGGGAGAUUGAGGAGGCGGCUAGGAGGGCGUUUAUGACGGAGGAGGGGGAGAGGGUUAAGAGUGCUGGGAAUGGGAAUGGAGGGGAGAUGAUGCCGCCUCCGGCGCCGCCUUCGUUUGCGAGGGUCAAAAAGGCGAAGAAGCCCGUUGUGAGUAGUCUGGGUAUUAAGAAGAAGGCCAAGCCGUCGUUGGUAUAGUUUACCUCGGGGUAUGGGUUGGUUGCUGAUUGCAGGGUGGCGUUCGGUUCAUUAGCAGGAGUUAACAUACGGGCAUGACUAUGGAUACAUGAACCAAUUUAUUUGGUGUUGGUUCCGUUUAUCUCAUAAGUACGGACGGACUCUACGGCAUAGCCACAAGGAAAGGAAUAUUGAACAGCUCAUAUUAAAUAUCAUACACCAG